AUGGGGGAUGAUGCAUCAUUGCAAAGUUUCCGCCAGCGACCCCUCUGCGUCAUCAUAUGGAGAGCAGCAGCAACAAGCCCGAAGACAACGCAGAUGAUUCAACAAAGCGUGCGACAUCACCUCAGCCUAUUCUUCAGACACUCUUGCGACGCCGCUCUGGAGUGCAAGUGCCAAGUCGGCCAUCGCCAGCUGCAUUCUGUAGCAUUCUGGCCGUGCCAAGCAGCCUCAUGCCACCCGGGACUCGGGAGACAUUGCUCCUGGAACCGGAAGAUCUUCGUGGAUGUUACUCUGUGCGGUAUCCAGAGCACGUAUCGGCUCGGCCGCCAUCGCCAUUGUAUGACAUGGUUGAUGCCCGACAGACGCCUUGCCCCUUGCGUCGCCGUGGUCGCCGUGGUCUCUGGUGGUGACAUUAGCUGCAAGUCAUACAUGCCGAGAGACGGGUUGCGAGGAAAGGAUAUGGAUUGUGAGGCACACUCACCCGGGAUAGCCAAUUACAGUAAUCCGAGCUCACUUGCCCGUCCGACUCAAAUCGGCUCGGACGGGCACAGCCGCAGUGAGGAAUGUGGUCAGAUUCGAACGCCGUGGCGGUCGGCGCAAUCUGCCGACGAAGCGAAGAGCGCCGAAAAAGAGCACUACGAUUCGACAACGAGCAACCGAUCCAAUGCGGCGUCGCAAAGCCUUACUUGA